AAUAAUCACAUAUGGAGAUCAAAUAACAUCAAUAAAGUGUUCAACAUUUCAACAAAUAAGUUUUCAAAAAAGCGUUAUUAGUUUUACUUAUAUGAACCAAAAUAAUUCACGUACUCUAUACGAUGGAACCAGAGUACCCAGAAGGAUCAGCCUCAUGUUGCUUUUGUUUCUCCACCAAGAAAGGUGUUGCAAGCAAUAACAAAAGCAAAGGAGUUUCAAGUUUAGGCCAAGUUGAAUGGAAAAAGAAUGAUGAAAUAUUGUCUGAUAUGAGCACUUUUUCUGUCAAAGAACAAGAGAGGAGGUUGAAGAAAGCUUUGGAAGAGGAAAAGAAGGUGAAAUUUGAAGCAGAAAGGGUUGUUCAAUGGGUGAAACAGGAAUCGUCAAGAAUUGAUGUUUCUACCAUCGACUCAAUUCUUAGUGACAACAAGAAGAAAGAGGAAGAUGUUAAUUAGAUAUAGUUAAAACUAUGUUGAGAUCUUCAACAAAUAAUAUGUCCUGGUCAAAGACAUCAACAUCAAGAUGAAGAGAUCGUCCUUAAACCGCCACACAAUCUAAAUGAUUUGUUACCACAGGCUCAACGAUAUAUCCACAACGAAGGAACUUUCGACGCUAGGAAAAAGUGGAUUUGUGAUAUUUCAACAUUAACGCUAUUUCAACAUUAAUUAGAAAUGGUGAGGAAAAUUGGACUUUUGUCUGUUAA